UGAGCUCCGUGUUUACGUUGAGAUGCUCACAACAAAGGACAGCACACCGCGGAGAGGCUGUCAUUUAAAAUAAAACAACGAGGAUAUUUUGACUCACGGUGAGCAUUUAUAAUUCACAACUCCAGGAAGAGGACAACAAACAACACGAGUCCUCAUCGGCUUACAUUUUUAACGGUUUUUACUUUUUUUCGAGCCGUUAAACCAGCCGCGAGCGGAGAAAUUAAGACGAAAUUGCUUUUUUUUAAGCCGGUGGAGUGUUAGCUAGCUUGCUAACCUCAGCAAGUUGGGGGAAAGCCAGACAGCAGCUGGAGGAGAAGCUAGCAGCACUGAAGACAACAAAAGGACUUCAUUAUUUAUAUCGCAAAUAACCUGGAAAGAUUGACAACCAUUCUUAUCCCCCUGCUGAACUCUUUUUAAAAGAUUUAAUAAGAAGUUGCUGGAUGAACUACAAGAAGUCCUUAAGGGCAGGACAAGUGGUGCUGCGAGAGACGGACACAUGAAGCAUGAGAGGGUGGAGCUGAGGCUCAGUUGACCCUUCCCCUUCCUUCUCCUCCUUUACCCCAGUGCUCCAUUCGAUCAGCACCUCCCCCCUCCCUUCCCCUCCUUUCCCCUUCCUGUGUCCCUCACCCUGUUGGAUCUCACCCAUUUUGCCUCCCCUCCUCCUCCUCCUCCAAACCUCAAUCAGCCGUGCCCAAUGUACUCCCCGGAGCAGGAAAACAUCUCCACCACCGCCUCCACCAAAGUGCCAGUGAAGUAUGGAGAGCUCAUUGUGCUUGGGUACAAUGGCUCUCUGCCCAAUGGGGAUCGAGGCCGACGCAAGAGCCGCUUUGCACUUUGUAAGAGACCGAAGGCAAACGGGGUAAAACCCAGCACAGUUCACAUCGCCUGCUCUCCACAGGCAGCCAAGGCCAUAAGCAACAAAGACCAGCACAGCAUCUCUUACACUCUGUCUCGAGCCCAGACGGUGGUGGUGGAGUACACCCAUGACAGCAAUACAGACAUGUUCCAGAUCGGUAGAUCAACAGAGAGUCCUAUAGACUUUGUAGUGACGGACACGGUGGCGGGCAGCCAGAGUAACGCAGACACACAGUCAGUCCAAAGCACCAUCUCCCGCUUCGCCUGUCGCAUCAUGUGCCAGCGCACGCCGCCUUACACUGCACGGAUCUACGCCGCGGGCUUCGACUCCUCCAAGAACAUCUUCUUAGGGGAGAAGGCUGCUAAGUGGAAGACGUCUGAUGGUCAAAUGGAUGGCCUCACCACCAACGGCGUGUUGGUGAUGCACCCUCGAAACGGCUUCACCCAGGACUCCAAACCAGGCGUCUGGAGGGAGAUUUCGGUCUGCGGAAACGUCUUCACCCUGCGGGAGACCCGCUCGGCACAGCAGCGAGGAAAGAUGGUGGAGACGGAGAGUCAGGAGCUGGUUGACGGCUCCCUCAUCGAUCUCUGUGGUGCAACCUUGCUGUGGCGCACGGCUGAAGGCCUUUCUCGCACUCCCACCCUUAAACACCUGGAGGCGCUGCGGCAGGAGAUCAACGCUGCCCGUCCGCAGUGUCCUGUGGGCUUCAACACACUGGCCUUCCCCUCCAUGCGUCGCAAGGACACGCCGGACGAGAAGCAGCCCUGGGUCUACCUCCAGUGUGGCCACGUGCACGGCUACCACAACUGGGGCAACCACCGCGAGGAGAGGGAGGGUCGGGAGGGCCGGCAGAGGGAGUGUCCCAUGUGCCGAGCCAAAGGGCCGUACGUGCCGCUGUGGUUGGGCUGCGAGGCCGGCUUUUACGUAGACGCCGCCCCGCCCACUCACGCCUUUAACCCCUGCGGCCAUGUUUGUUCAGACAAGACGGCGGCCUUCUGGAGUCAGAUCCCGCUGCCGCAUGGCACGCACACCUUCCACGCCGCCUGCCCCUUCUGUGCCCAACAGCUGACUGGUGAGCACGGCUUCGUCAGACUCAUCUUCCAGGGACCCCUUGACUAGCAGGGGUGACUUCCCAGCAUCCUUUGGGUGACGCGGCGCGGGGAGUUUUUUUGUUAAGACGCUGACCCUGCAGUGGAAACAGAGCGCUACACAGAUUUUUUUCUUUCCUCUGCAGUUAAGAUAAAAAAAAACUUUUUCUGGACUUUUUGUCUCUUUCUCAUUUUUAAGUGACCUUUGUAUUGCUUUUUCAUGAAUGACGACAAAGAUUUCUAUAUUUUCAUGUGAAACCAGAGACACAAAAACCAAACAGAGAACACUGCUGGGUAAACCUUUUUGUUUGUUUCUCGGAAAGAACUUUCAACAACAGUAUUUUUCUAAAUUACUAACACACCGUAGUGCAAACGUACGGUUUUUAUUCAUGUUUAUUGUUGCAAUAUACAUCUGUGUACAUCUCUUAGAGCUAAUUUAAACAAAGAUGUUUAUUUAUGGCCCGGGAACCAUCGCUUCAUCCUUUAUCUGUCAGAUAUGCCGAACUUCAAAUACUAUUUAGCAUUUUAAUUUGAAAAAAACAAACAGUAUAUUGUUAUUCAGAUAUUCUAGGUGUGUUCUGAGGGUUUCGUUCUGUGUCUUUCCCCCAUGUUCGCCCCUCAGAUCUGUUUGUCGUAUUUAUACACCUCGUCCUCUGUCGUGCUCUCACUUUGUGUGUUGACCCCUCAGUUAUACUUCUCGCCUUGUCACGUUCAAAGCAAUAGAUUUGGAACGGAAACCUCCUGAAGCAUUAUGGGAAACUGAGUCUGCUGGUUUGUCUGUGUAAAAUACUCAGCCAGCCUGAAUGGACUGCUCCCUCCCUUUAAAGUCAGAGUGAAAACGUUUUCUCGUCGGUGAGUGAAUCUUUUUGGAAUCGCAGGUUAGCCAUGAUACCGCAGCUAUGUAGCACACACACGCGCACACACACAC